AUGGGUCACGAAGAUGCUGUUUAUCUGGCCAAGCUCGCCGAGCAGGCCGAGCGAUAUGAGGAGAUGGUCGAGAACAUGAAGAUCGUCGCCUCCGAGGACCGCGACCUGACCGUCGAGGAGCGCAACCUCCUCUCCGUCGCCUACAAGAACGUCAUUGGUGCCCGCCGUGCCUCUUGGAGAAUAGUCACUUCUAUCGAGCAGAAGGAGGAGUCUAAGGGCAACUCUUCCCAGGUUACCCUUAUCAAGGAGUACCGCCAGAAGAUUGAGGCCGAGCUUGCCAAGAUCUGCGAUGACAUUCUCGAUGUUCUUGACAAGCACCUGAUUCCUUCUGCCAAGUCUGGAGAGUCCAAGGUCUUCUACCACAAGAUGAAGGGUGACUACCACCGUUACCUUGCCGAGUUCGCCAUUGGCGACCGCCGCAAGGACUCCGCCGACAAGUCUCUCGAGGCUUACAAGGCUGCUACCGAGGUUGCCCAGACCGAGCUGCCUCCUACCCACCCUAUCCGCCUGGGUCUUGCGCUCAACUUCUCCGUCUUCUACUACGAGAUCCUCAACGCCCCUGACCAGGCUUGCCACCUCGCUAAGCAGGCAUUUGACGAUGCUAUUGCUGAGCUCGACACCCUCAGCGAGGAGAGCUACAAGGACUCUACCCUCAUCAUGCAGCUGCUCCGUGACAACCUGGUUCGCAUUUAUCCCACCCCCGUGAUUGAUUGCACAUGUUUUGCUAACUCAUUCCCAAAGACUCUCUGGACCUCUUCUGAGGCCGAGAACACUUCUGGCCAAGCCGAUGCCCCCGCCAAGGAGGAGACCCCAGCCGAGGCUGCCGCCCCCGCUGAGGAGCCCAAGGCUGAGUAA